GGCGUGUAUAGCCGCUGUCGUGAACUUGAGGAGCUUGCUGCGAGAAGGGAACUUGCUGCUACGGGUGAUGUGGAUAUCCUGGAGCGCGAACUGGCGGACGCUCUCGUCCAGCUGAAGGCGUUGGAGGGGGAGAACGCUGCCCUGGCUGCGCUGCUCGCUGCAAAGAAGGCCGAGAUGGUGGAAGCUAGCGAUGCAGCAGGGAGGAGCGUGAGGGAGCUGGAGUCCCGUUUGUCCGCGGCGGUGUCCGAGGCGUCUCAUGAACGCGCGAUGGCGGAGAAGCUCAUUAGCACCACACGCGGUGCGCUGACUGCAAUGGUAGAGGAGAAUCAAAAACAGGUAGAACAGCUUCGCGCGGACCACGAUCAAGCCCGUGCUACAAUGCAAGCUGAACUUGUUGCGCACCGAGAGAUGCGCAACGCUCGUAUAAAUGAGAGGCUAUCACAUCCAGAACUCUGCGAUAGCGCUUCACCGCAGAUGCCACCGCCAAAUACUGAAGUGCCAGUGGCCCCUGAAAUAGUGCGCAGCGAACCUCUCUACAGCGUCACCAUCGACGAGCUCAACAAGACAACAACACUCAACGAACAGUUGACGCGCGCCCUUGCGCAGAGGGAGGCUGACAAUGAGAAGCUUGCAGAGGAACUUGCGCAGAGGGAGGCUGACAAUGAGAAGCUCGCAGAGGAUCUUGCGCAGAGGGAGGCUGACAUCGAGAAGCUGACAGAUGAACUUGCACAGAGGGAGGCUGACAAUGAGAAGCUCGCAGAGGAUCUUGCACAGAGGGAGGCUGACAAUGAGAAGCUCGCAGAGGACCUCGCACAGAGAGAGGCUGACAUCGAGAAGCUCGCAGAGGAUCUUGCGCAGAGGGAGGCUGACAAUGAGAAGCUCGCAGAGGAUCUUGCACAGAGGGAGGCUGACAAUGAGAAGCUCGCAGAGGACCUCGCACAGAGGGAGGCUGACAUCGAGAAGCUCGCAGAGGAUCUUGCACAGAGGGAGGCUGACAAUGAGAAGCUUGUGGAGGAACUUGCGCAGAGGGAGGCUGACAAUGAGAAGCUGACAGAUGAACUUGCGCAGAGGGAGGCUGACAAUGAGAAGCUCGCAGAGGAUCUUGCGCAGAGGGAGGCUGACAAUGAGAAGCUUGCAGAGGAUCUUGCGCAGAGGGAGGCUGACAAUGAGAAGCUUGCAGAGGAACUUGCACAGAGGGAGGCGGUAAUUGAGGGUGCAGAGGCGGACGCGAGUAAGACAAUUGAGGGUGUGUAUAGCCGCUGUCGUGAACUUGAGGAGCUUGCUGCGAGAAGGGAACUUGCUGCUACGGGUGAUGUGGAUAUCCUGGAGCGCGAACUGGCGGACGCUCUCGUCCAGCUGAAGGCGUUGGAGGGGGAGAACGCUGCCCUGGCUGCGCUGCUCGCUGCAAAGAAGGCCGAGAUGGUGGAAGCUAGCGAUGCAGCAGGGAGGAGCGUGAGGGAGCUGGAGUCCCGUUUGUCCGCGGCGGUGUCCGAGGCGUC